AUAUAAUCUAAAUUACUUCUUCUCUCACACCUUUUAUGUCGUUGUUUCCUAUGAUAUAAAAAGCUUUGAGACUCUUGCACCAAAAAGAUCUCCACUUCACCUUCACAUACUAAUUAAGAAGAGGCAGAAGAAUUAAAAAUGUUGCGGUCAUUCACAAGAAACUUCAAACUCUUUGUACCAAAUGGUUUGAACUCCAAGCCAAUUAGCUCUACCCUCCUCUAUUCAACUUCUUCAAGAAAGUUAGAAGGAAAAAUAGCGGUCAUAACCGGUGGUGCAAGUGGCCUAGGGAAGGCCACGGCAGAGGAGUUUGUGAGCCAAGGUGCUCAAGUGAUUAUCGUAGAUAUAGAUGAAGAGGCUGGUCAUAUGGUCGCGGACAAACUUGGCUCAGCCGCACAUUUCUUAAGAUGUGAUGUCACCGAGGAGGAACAAGUCGCUAAGGCCAUGGAGACUACCGUGUCUCGUCAUGGGAAGCUCGACAUAAUGCUCAAUAGUGCCGGAAUGUCAUGCUCCAUAUCACCACCAAGCAUAGCGGACCUAGACAUGGACACUUACGAUAAAGUGAUGCGUCUCAACGUGCGAGGUACUGUCUUAGGGAUAAAGCACGCGGCUCGAGCCAUGAUCCCUGUUGGCUCAGGCUCCAUCCUUUGCCUCUCUAGCGUUAGCGGCUUGAUGGGAGGUCUAGGACCAUACGCAUACUCAAUCUCUAAAUUCACUAUCCCGGGUGUUGUUAAGGCGGUUGCUAGUGAGUUGUGCAAGCAUGGAUUGAGAAUCAAUUGUAUAUCUCCCGCAGGCAUCCCUACGCCUCUAACGCUGAGGAUGUUUCGAGAGGCCUUUGCGGGUCAUAACAUCCCGGAGGAACAGCUUUCGGCGAUUGUGAACUCGACGGGGGAGCUAAAGGGAGAGAAGUGUGAGGAGAUAGAUGUGGCUAAAGCUGCUUUGUACUUAGCAUCAGAUGAUGCUAAGUUUGUAACGGGACAUAACCUUGUUGUGGAUGGUGGAUUUACUUGUUUCAAGUCUCUUAAUCUCCCUUCUGCUUAGUUACUUACUCAAGUUGAUUAAAGUCUUUCUAAUUUCUUAGUUUUUCGAUAUAGCUAUUAUGAGUGCUUUGAGAUCAUUAUUAAUGUGAUCUUUUGUAAUCUAUGAGAUAAUCAUAUUAUAUGGUUGGAAUUAUAGA